UUCAAAACACUUGCUGCACUUGCAGGUUGUUGGGGUUUUGCUGUGUUGGUUCUCUGUUUAUCUUUCUUUCCCUGAUUUGUGAUUGUUGAAUCCAUUCGGUUCAUCUGAAAGGCGUGAUUAAUAUGGCGAGCGCCAUGGUAGUAGAGGAUACGACCUUCGAAGAAGAUCAACUUGCGAAUAUGACCACCGACGACAUCGUCAGAGCUUCUCGUCUUCUCGACAACGAGAUUCGCAUCCUCAAGGAAGAGUCGCAGAGGACGAAUCUGGAAUUGGAAUCGUUCAAGGAGAAGAUCAAAGAGAAUCAGGAAAAGAUUAAGCUCAAUAAGCAGUUGCCGUACCUUGUUGGAAACAUUGUUGAGAUAUUGGAAAUGAACCCAGAAGAUGAAGCGGAAGAAGAUGGUGCCAAUAUUGAUCUUGACUCACAAAGGAAGGGGAAAUGUGUCGUGCUAAAGACAUCUACUCGACAGACAAUCUUUCUUCCAGUUGUUGGGCUCGUUGACCCUGACAAGUUAAAACCCGGUGAUCUAGUUGGUGUAAACAAAGAUAGUUACUUAAUCUUGGAUACCCUGCCUUCUGAGUAUGAUUCUAGAGUUAAGGCCAUGGAAGUUGAUGAAAAGCCAACAGAGGAUUACAAUGACAUUGGUGGAUUAGAGAAGCAGAUCCAAGAAUUAGUUGAAGCUAUUGUUUUGCCAAUGACCCACAAGGAGCGUUUCCAAAAGUUAGGAGUUCGUCCUCCCAAGGGAGUGCUCUUAUAUGGACCUCCAGGGACUGGGAAAACAUUAAUGGCCCGUGCCUGUGCAGCACAGACAAAUGCCACUUUUCUUAAGUUGGCAGGCCCUCAGUUGGUCCAGAUGUUCAUAGGAGAUGGUGCAAAACUUGUUCGUGAUGCCUUUCAACUAGCAAAAGAGAAGUCACCAUGCAUUAUAUUUAUAGAUGAAAUUGAUGCAAUUGGUACAAAGCGUUUUGAUAGUGAAGUAAGCGGAGACAGGGAGGUACAGCGAACAAUGUUAGAAUUGCUCAAUCAGCUUGAUGGUUUUAGUAGUGAUGACCGGAUUAAGGUGAUAGCAGCAACAAACCGUGCAGAUAUUCUUGACCCUGCCCUCAUGCGUUCUGGUCGGUUGGAUCGUAAAAUUGAGUUUCCUCACCCAACUGAGGAAGCAAGAGCUCGAAUUCUGCAGAUCCAUUCAAGGAAAAUGAAUGUUCACCCGGAUGUUAACUUUGAAGAACUAGCUCGGUCCACAGAUGAUUUCAAUGGGGCACAACUGAAGGCUGUAUGUGUUGAGGCUGGCAUGUUGGCCCUACGCCGUGAUGCAACUGAGGUGAACCAUGAGGACUUUAAUGAAGGUAUUAUUCAAGUCCAAGCAAAGAAGAAAGCGAGCCUGAAUUAUUAUGCAUAGGAUGGAUUCUGGAACAAGCUAUUUUUCAGUUCACAAAUGUUAAGAGACAUCUGAAGCCAAUGGAAAACCUAAUUUGAUGUUUGA